ACACUGCCGCAGCAAAUGUUCCGCAACGCGCAACAUAACGAAAAAAAUUUCAUCGAGACUGCGCUGCCGACGAGUAAAAAAUCAUCAGCAAUUUAAAAACCAAAUUAAAGAUUGUGCCCUGUUUGAGCUUACUACGAAAACACACACACGAAAAAUACCCGAAAAAUAUAUUCAAUGAAAGUGUGAUUUGGAAACGCCGUUUAAAAUUGUCGAGCGCGUGCAUAUAUACGGGUUCCGUUGGUUGGUUUUUUCUGCUGCCUGUGCUACCACUUUACCUUUACGUUUACCUUAACGCAGCAGCAGCAGCAAUACACUCAUUUUGUUCGUGUUAAUAACUUUUUGUGCGUCUUUGCUUUGUGGUCGCCAUUCAUUUCAUAUAGUAUUAUUUUUCUCUUGGAUUUUUCUUCUUUCGGCCGAAACAACUACAACAACAACAAAAGAAGCAGCAGCAGCAGCAGUAGCAGAGAAACAGCAACAAGCAGACAACAUGGAUGAAAGAGCGAGCGCGAAGAUCAUCAUAUACUUACCGUAAUCGUAUCGUGAAUGAAUAUCUUGUCUAUGUGUGAGAGGCGUGCUCUACGUGUGCGUAUGCGUAUACGUGUGUGUUCGUGUGUGUGUGGGAAACCGACCCCCCAAAGCAUUAAAUAAAUAAUCGUGUGUGCAAAUAAAUGUUCCAAAAAAUAAAAGAAAUUGGCGAAAACGUAGCAAAGAAAAGUGUGAAAAUUUAUACCCGACUUGGAUCAAUCGACAAUCGCCAUUAAGUGCACAAUCGUAUGGAAAAGCUCUCUCACUGUAGGUCCGGUCCCUCUCUCUCAGUCACUCGGGAGUGUGUUCGUUCUAAGCGAUCCGUUUACUGUUUCCCGUGAGUGCGCCAGUGUUCGUGUGCGUGUCUGUCCCGAAAUUUAGACAGAGUGUUCCCUGUAAGCUCUCAGUAGAGUUUGGAGCUGCCUCAACCUCGUCAUUUGUUGGAUACGGAUAAGACUUACAGUUUCCAUCAGGAUCAGCAUCAGCAUCAGGAUCAGGAUCUUUUGCAAAAGUUGAAACCCUGGCCAGGAUGCGGCUCUAAGCGAGAAGGAGACAAUUCCCCCCGUCCCCCCCCCCCCCGGAGAGUAGAAACCAAAAGCGAUGUCCAAGCAAGUGUUCUCGGCGCAUCCAGCGCUGGCCGUGGAGCAGCUGCAGCAGGCAGAGCAGGAGGAGAUCAGCAGCUGUAAUCCUCACCAGCAGCAGCAGCACCAGCAGCGAUCAUCCACGGCGCCGCAGAGCAGGCGGCAUGGCAAGGCCACGCCCAAAAAGUACACCAUGAGCAGAAGCUGUGCAGGCGGAGGCGCCACUAGCGCCCCUAGCACCACUGUCCAUCAGCCCACAAUAGCAACAACAACAACAACAACAACGAUACCCGCCAUCAGUAGUCCCCCGGAAGCGAUCAGCAGAAAGACGCUGCCGGUUCGAACGAAUUACGCGGCCGUCGAUGACGACGACGACAUCGAGUGCGAGGACGUGGACGAAGUGAACUUUGGGCAGCCCCGCGAUCAGACGGAGACGGAGACUAGACAACAAAACACCAAAGACUGCGGCACGGAUGAGACGGAUCACGUCCAGCAGCGGCACAAGCGGCAUCCACACAGCAGCAGCAGCAACAGCAACAGUCGGCACCAUCCGCAGCUGAAAGACGUUGGACGCGGAGCAGCAGCACCAGAUGAGAGCGAUCUGAGUAGCGUGGUUAGCUCCCCGUCGGUCAGUACCGUGUCCUCGCCCCUGUCGACGCCCACGCGGCUGCCACAGGCACUGCAGCAGCAGCUCCAUUGCUGCCAAAAGGUGUCCGGAUCGGGGGCAUGCAUAGCCGGAGGAGCCACGCCAGCGGCAGCAGCUGGUGGCGAGUCCCGAGCGCGGACGCAACAGCAGGGCCAGCACUCACACCGUCACCAUCACAGUCAGCAGCACCACCAUCACCACCACCAUCAUCAUGCCAACGCCGCAGCGGGUUGUGCGGGCGGAGGAGGAGGUGGAGGAGGAGCUGCAGCAGCCAGUGGAGGAGCCAGUGGAUCCUGCAACAAGAACAAGAAGCUCGAUCCCCGGCUGAGUCCGUCGCCCUAUCGCCAGCUAUUGCCCAUUGCACUGUGCCUGCUCUCGUUUGCGACAGUCUUUGCCACAUUGAUUGUCUACAUGGACACGACAGAGAUCCGCCAUCAGCAGUUCCGCCUGAGCAUGUCGCGCGACUACGAGCUGAAUGGCGUUGCGCAAGACGAUCCCAAACUCAUUGCAUUCCUGCGCCAUUUCGAAAUGGGCAAAUAUAUGGGCAAGCCAUCGGUCAAGGCAGCUGCGGCGGCGGCACAGCCCAACACGGGACUGGGCGUUGGAGUACCACCAGCAGCAGCAGCAGCAGCAGCAGCAGCUGGAGGAUCCCUCAGUUCCUAUGGCAACAGCAGCGGCAGCACAGCCGAUCAGUUGGCCCACUAUGUGGCCGAUCUGUUGGGCGGAAAGAUGGACGGAGCGGUGAUUCAGUCGCUGAGCGGUCCGCUGGCCCAUCUGAUCACAGCGCCCUGGCUGAGCGAGCAUCUCAAUUGGAUGGGAGUGCUGGUGGAGCCGGAGCCUCGCUGGUACUUCACGUUGCGCAAGCAGAAUGCGCAACGGGCGCGCAUGCAGGUGGUGCAGGCCUGUGUCUCUCCCAACACCUAUCCCAAAGAGAUUACCAUACACAACGAGGAUGUGCGCAUCAACAGUCUGCACGACGAGGAGACCUCGUGGUUCAAUUCGCGUGUCAAAUGCUUUCCGCUCUACACAAUCAUGCUGGCAUGUGAGCGCACCGAAUACGAUUUGCUCAGUCUGGGCGUGCAGGGGCAUGAGCUGGAGAUCUUGCAGACGCUGCCCUUUGACAAGGUGAAAAUCCAAGUGAUAUCGAUCCAUCUGCUGGAAGAUCACGAGGAUGUGCACGACUAUGUGCUGGACAUAACCAGGUUCCUGGCGAGCAAAUCCUACAAGCUGCAGCGUCGAAUGGGACGCAACUACUUCUAUCAGCGUCUGAAUGUCGGUGCCACGCGUACGCGCAAGAAAGACAUCCUCCUGCUUAAGACGCCCUAGACGCUCCUCAAGAAACGAUCAUCGACAUCGAUCCAUCAACCCACGAACAACGACUUAGGGCCCGAAUUGUUAGAGAAAUCCGUGUAGAAGAGAAGUCCCGGCUAAACUUUAUUUUCUAAUGAUAAUUAUUACAAUACCUUACGCUACACUAUAUAUACUAUAUACUAUAUAUAUAUAUAUACAGAUAUAUGUUGAAUAUGAUUAUGUACACGCUAAAAAACAUACAUAUAUAUACUGUAUACCGAUUAUGACAUGUAGGAUUCUUAGUUUUUGUAAAACUCAAAUCUCUCUUUAUUCUUUCCGAUUUCUUGAUGUUAUUAUUUCAUUUAUUAUUUUGUCGAAAUUUGUUUACUACUAUAAAUAAAUAUAUACUAUAUUCUAUAUAUAUAUAUAUAUAUAUGCAUAUAUAACGUAUUAUGAUUUGCUAUAAGCUAUGCUAAAUGAAUGUUAAGCCUAAGCCGUCGUGUGUGGCAGCCAGCAGCAUGCCCAGCCCCAGCCCCAGACCACUUUCGAUGUAUAAAUUAUAAAUUGCAAGGGGCCCUGGCUCUGCUAUUAGUCGUAGUCCUCCCUAUAACACUAUCCAUCUAUCUAUACCCUUACCUAUACCUAUAUGCAAGUCUAUAUGUUAUAUCGAAUGCUUUAUCUAGUAAUCCCUAAGUGAACUACUACUAAGCGCCCGAAACGACGACGAUCGAUGAAUGAUGAAUGAGAAAAGCGCAGACUACACAACACAACAUUUAAAUUAUAUUAAAUUAUUGAACCAAAACGAAGCACAUCCAUAUACACACACACAGACACCAACACAACCAUUGUACACACCAACAAACACACACACCACACACCACACAAACAUAAGCGCAAGCGAAUAAAUAUAUAGAAAAAACUCAUUUGCAAAAAUCUGCUUUCAAACUCAUCUCAUACGCAUAGUUAAAACAUAAGAGAACCCACAAACACAUACAAAUAUUAAAUUAAAGAGAAUCGAAACUAUAGGCAGCAUUCACACACACACACACAUACACUCAUGCACAUUUUAUAUGUACUAGAAAAUAAAUCAAUAACUAAAUAAAUAAAUGUAAAUGUAGCAACGAUGCAACGAUGAUUAAAUGUAAAAACCAAUUCGUAUUUCAAUUACAUUUUAGUAAUUAUGAUGUAUUAUUAUUUUUUAUAUAUGAAUGCACACUGAAAUAUAUACAGAGAGAGAGUCAAAUACAUAUGCUACGGUGUGAACUCGUUACACCUCGCCUUAAACCCCACACAAACACACACCUCCAAGAAAGAAAGAGAAACUCCCAUAAACAGAGACACAGACACGCACCACACACAGAAAGAUUGACGUAGAGAAUCAGUGCCUUCGACUUAGACUUGAAUAAAAGAAACCAAAAUCUAAGCAUACUCAUAGAAACUCAAUUGAAAUUGUUGUACAUAUAGGAGAGCACCACAUAAAUACAUAAA